UCCAGUCCAAGUCCCAGUCGAAGUCCCAGUCCCAGUCCCAGUCCCAGUCCCAGUCCCAGUCCCUCCGCCUCGGAACGAGUAGGACGUGAGCUGGACUGGUUGCAUCCGAUCACGGCUUGUCGUCUGCCUCCCGCCAAAUCGAGCACUUCAACCCUGUUGACCGAGGCCCGACAGAGCUCUGUUGCCUCGGCUACCACGGCCACCAGUGAUACUGGUGAGUUUCGGUCGUCUUUCGACUCGACCCACCGACUCGGGCGAGAGCUGGACGCUUUAGCCACUUCCGAUGAUGAGGUGACCACUUCGCUGUCUGUCAACACCUCGGCUUCGCUCUCUGGCGCCGGCAGCAUUCUCGACUCCUCCGUCUCGACCAGCUCCAGCUCGAGUCCCCACAACUGGGGCUCGGGCGCCCAACCCGCAGACAGCCUCCGCGAGGAGUCGGACUCACCGACAGACGCGAUUCGCUCGAGCCAGGCCGUCGGCUUCCUCUCCACCGCCUCGACGGGCAGUCUCCUGGGCCGAGUGCAAAGAAUGACGCCACGUUCCGGCCAGAUGCCUCGGUCUCGAGGCAGCCGGCUGCGCUGGCUCAUGCCGCGGCCUAAGCGACUCCGUCGUCGAGGCUUCAGUGCCGCCGGCGCAACGCAGGGUUGUCCGGUGCCUCGGGGACUUUGGCGUCGGGUCGAACGGUGGCUGGGGCAAAGCAAAGUGGUCGUGGCCUCCGGCCUGCAGAUCUGUCGCCUGCUCAAAUGGCCAUUUGCCGCCAAGGCCUUGGCCGAGUAUCCUUUUAUCAAUUCCCUGAUCCCACACGGACACGCCAUAGUGACCAUCCUGGCAACCAGGAAUUUAUUUUUUGUAUAUAAGUAG